GAGCAAACUCCGGCCCGAGGAAAAGCCACUGGAUUUACCGAACAAGCAACGUUUUUUGCGCUCAAGGGGCUUCUUAAGCUCCACGGAAUGAAACAUAAGAAGCCUCAUCGGCUGAAAGAACUAACCCGGGGGAGGAAUGAGAUCAUGACCCACGAUCGAAUUUCAGAGAUCACGGGCGCUCCGAUCAAGUACCGGACCGUGACAUUUGUCAAUGUCAUACUCCUGAUCGCCAAGGGCAAGGGUACCUCAUCAGAGGUUCGAUUCUCUGAUGGUCUAACUAAGGAGGUUUGUCUGGGUCUACACUACCCGGUUAAGCGGAUUCGUGAGUUAGGGCGGAAGUCUGGUUGGUUCUUUGUUGCUUUAUAUUUAAAACAAGCAUCAACUUGUCUGAUGCAGUAUUAUUCCACUACGGGAAAAUACAAACCUGACUCCCUGUCUGUUUCCAUCUCUCUAACCCGUUCCGGUUUGUCUCGUAUCAUUCCUCCCUAUCAUCGAUAG